AUGGCUCUUGCCAGUUAUCCACCAGCACAACCCCCUCCAGGACUUGAACCUCCGUCCGAGGACAUCGAGAAGCAAUCCGGAAACGACACAACCUCCCUCGAAGAUGGCACCCAAGCCCAGCAACCACUUGCCUGGGACGACCCCCGUGAGAAGCGAAACCCUCGGAACUGGAGCCACCUCGUCAAAGUCCUCCACACCAUGAUCCCAUGCUUCCUAGCAUUCGAGAUCACCUUCUCAACCUCGAUCACAGUCCCCGCCACCGCCCAAAUAAUGACCGAAUUCUCCGUCUCCCGCACCCGCUCCCUCCUCCCCCUGACCCUCUACACCCUCGGCAUCGCCGUCGGCCCCGUCUUCAUCGCCCCCUUCUCCGAGGUCUUCGGCCGCAAGUGGAUCUACUUCAGCACCUGCACCUUCCUCCUCGCCUUCCUCGGCGGAGCCUCCGCCGUGCGCUCCUUCUCCGGCCUUAUCGCCUGCCGCUUCCUCGCCGGCAUCCUCGGCUCGGCCGGCAUCGCCGUCGGCGCCGGCACGAUCGCCGACAUCUGGGGCCUCGGCGGCGGCGCGGGGGCUUCGCUGCUGUUCAUUCUUGGUCCGUUCCUGGGCCCCACGCUGGGCCCGCUGGCCGGCGCGUAUGUGCUGCAGAACCGCGGGGGCGACUGGCGUUGGACGCAGUAUGUCCUGCUCAUGGUGGGCGCGCCGAUCUGGGUGGCGUCGUUGCUGAUGCGGGAGACGUCCAAGGCGUGGAUUUUGAGGAGGGAGAUGGGGGAGCAUCAGGAUAUUACGCUGUCUCGGUUGGGUACGCUGGCGAAGGGGGCGGUGAUGCGUCCGACGAAGAUGCUGUUCACUGAGAUUAUCGUGUCAUCCCUCGCGAUCUACUCGGCGUUUGCGUACGCGAUGAUCUUCAGCUACUUCGCUAGCUGUUCCUACAUCCUCCAGAAGCUGUACGGUUUCAAUCUGCAAGAGGUGGGCUUGAGCUUCAUCAGCAUCAUCAUCGGAUACAUACUUGCAACGAUCAUGUACGGAGUGUUCGAUGCGAGGUUCAGGGGCCCGGCGCUCAAGGCGGGAACAGCGACGCCGGAGCAGAGGUUGUACGCGGCGCUUGUGGGCAGUGUUCUGCUGCCUGUCGGAUUAUUCUGGUAUGCGUGGGAAGCACACGCUGGUGGGAAUUGGGCUGCGUUGGUAGCAGCCGGGAUCCCGUUCGGCAUGGGAGCAUUCUCGCUCUUCCUUUCUGUCAUCACCUACAUGGUCGACUUUUACGGUGCUAAGGCGGCUGCGUCAGCAUUGGCCGCCAACGGCAUCCUUCGCUACAUUCUCGGCGCAGUAUUUCCCUUGUUCACUAUUCAAAUGUAUGAGAAGCUAGGCGUCCACUGGGCCGGCAGCGUGUUCGCCUUCCUGUCUCUGCCACUACUUCCCAUUCCCUGGUUGUUGCUCAAGUACGGACCGAGGUUGAGGCAGCGAAGCAAAUUUGUCACGAGCAACCCUUGA